AUGUCAAUUGACCCUAGGCUCUUCCCCAAGCGGGUGACGUAUAGCGCCCUGCUUACCGUCAAUGUAUUCGUGUUCAUGGGUAAUAUGUAUUCCUCCGGUAUUGCGACAGGGUUCGGGUCCCUAGCUGCCGAAUUUCAUACGCCCUUCUCCACGCUUGCGGAUUUGAUCGCUUAUUCGGUGCUGGCUAUGGGGUUGGCCAACCUGUUUUGGAUGCCCUUGGCCCUGACUUUCGGCAAGCGGCCCAUCGUCAUCAUUUCAAUGGCCAUGUUCCUGGGUGGUAUUAUUUGGAGUGCCGUUGCGAAGGACUACAACAGUUUAUUUGCCUCGCGAGUCUUUGCUAGUUUUGGAUAUGGCUCAAUUGAGUCUCUCGGUCCUAGCAUUCUGGCUGAUCUAUUCUACGAACGAAACUACUCUAGCGCCAUGGCUGUCUAUGCUGCCUUCCUAUCCGGUGGAUCGCAGAUUGGUCCAGUCAUCGCCGGUUAUCUGAUCGAAGCUAAGGGAUGGAGAUGGUUCUUCAUUCUCUGCGCCAUAAUCGCCGCAGUCAACCUCGUAACAACCAUCUUCAUGCUCCCGGAGACUCUCUACGAAGUAGAACAGGAGCCCGAGGUCGUCAACGACAUCGAGAAAGACGCCCACAGCCACGUCGAGGCAGUCACCCGCACCGAGACCCGUACCGAGGCUCGUGUCAAGAUGGAUUACGCUACAUACUGGAGAGACCUCUGGUCAUUCACCCUAUCCAAGGAAGCAAAGGAACGCGGCAUCCUCAAGCAUCUCGUCUACCUCUGCAUUCUUCCCUUCCCUAUGCUCCUCGUCCCAGGAGUCCUGGUCGCGACAGUCAUGUAUGGCGUGGUUCUUGGAGCCGUCGUCAUCAUCUCAACCAUCGCCCCGGACCUCUUCUCCCCACCACCCUACCUCUUCUCCUCCGCCGACCUCGGCCUCUUCACAUUCAGCAGCUUUGUCGGUAUCAUAGUAGCAUGGCCAAUCGCCGGUCCCUUAACCGAUCGCCUCUCCCGCUGGCUCCGCAACCGCAACAACGGAGUCCACAAGCCUGAGCAUCGUCUUCCAGCCUUGAUUUUCCCAUUCCUCAUCUGCCCCAUCGGACUAGUUGUCUUCGGGUACACUGUCGCACGCCACCAGCACUAUAUCCGUCCCGCUGUUGGAUCCGCUAUCUGUGCAGCGGGUCUGACACUCGUGCCGUCGGUUAUGCUGUCUUAUGUUGUGGACUCGUAUCCUCGCACGAGUGGUGAGGCAUUGGUACUAGUUAACACGUCUAAGAAUGUGGUUGCUUUUGGUCUUACUAAAGGUGCUUAUUCUUGGAUGGCUAAGGAGGGCGUUGAUAAGAUGCUUUAUGAGUUUGCUGGUAUUGAGUGGGCUGUGUUGUUCUUGGCCUUGCCGCUGUAUAUCUUUGGUCCUUGGAUUCGGCGCCGGACGCAGAAGUACUUCUAG